AUGCCCCUGAAUAAAUUGCGGCCAAAAUCCUUGAACGAUAGUUCAGUGAGCUCCAUUAGUGAGAGCACCUAUGCAGAUGACCCUGUUGAUACAGACGACCUUGAUGAAAAUGAUGAGUCAGGGCAGAAUAUCUUACUUAACAUUAUUUCUCAGCUGAAACCAGGCUGUGAUCUAUCUAGAAUCACACUUCCUACCUUCAUUCUCGAGAAGAAAUCGAUGCUAGAGAGAAUAACUAACCAGUUGCAGUUUCCAGAUUUGGUUUUAGACGCACAUCAAGAGAAGGAUGAAUUGCAAAGAUUCGUUAAGGUCGUCAAAUGGUAUCUUGCUGGUUGGCAUAUAGCGCCUAAAGCUGUUAAAAAGCCAUUGAAUCCAGUUCUUGGGGAACAUUUUACUUGCUACUGGGAUUUGCCAAACAAGCAGCAAGCAUAUUACAUCUCGGAACAAACCAGUCAUCAUCCUCCAGAAUCGGCGUAUUUUUAUAUGAUACCCGAAUCCAGUAUAAGGGUUGACGGUGUUUGUAUACCCAAAUCAAAAUUUUUGGGAAACUCGACGGCUGCUAUGAUGGCAGGUUUGACUGUAUUGCAGUUUUUAGACAUGAUGAACUCUAAUGGAAAACCAGAAAAAUACACUCUUUCUCAGCCAAAUAUGUACGCUAGAGGUAUUUUAUUUGGUAAGAUGAGACUAGAAUUGGGCGACCAUAUGAUUAUAAAGGGGCCAAAAUAUAAGAUAGACAUUGAAUUCAAAACAAAAGGGUUCAUAUCUGGAACUUACGACGCCAUCGCCGGUGUAGUCAAGGACCUUAACGGUAAAGAAUACUACGAAAUUACUGGGAAAUGGAAUGACAUCAUGUAUAUCAAAGAUUUGAGAGAUAAGCAUUCUAAGAAAAUUGUUCUGUUUGACGCUCAUAAAAGCAAGGUCAGCAAACCCAGUGUACGCCCUUUAGAAGAGCAGGGAGAAUUUGAAUCGCGAAGACUGUGGAAGAAAGUUACAGACGCAUUGGCGGCUCGUGAUCAUGAGGUUGCUACAGAUGAGAAAUUUAAGAUUGAAAAUUAUCAGAGGGAACUCGCCAAAAAACGGGUCCAGGAUGGUGUCGAAUUUUAUCCAAAGCUCUUUAGGCGAGCCAAGCCAGGUGAGGAUCUUGAUUAUUACAUCUACAAACACAUUCCAGAAGGCAAUGACUAUGAGGAACAGAUAAAAAGUAUUCUCGAAAUCGCGCCAAUUUUACCAGGCCAACACUUUACCGAGAAGUUCGCUAUUCCAGCUUUCAAGAAGAGCGAGAUCCAGGAAAAAGAACUGUCUCAAACGCCAUAG